AUGUCCAGCACCUCCCAAAGCCCCUCCUCCUCCUCCUCUUCAUCUUCGACUCCCACCAAUCACCCCGAGCCCACACGUCCAUCGUCUUCCUCCACCCCACUACCUCCAUCCUCCGAUCACAGCACCGAUUCAAAUGAUAAUCCCUUCUCAUCGUCCAAAUUGUUUUCAUCGUUAUACAACAACAAUAAUAAGAGAGACCCUUCCUCAUCUUCGUCAUCGUCAAACUCAAACCCAUUGCUACCAGGUAUACCAAUCGACACCGCAUCAGUCCUGGCAUCGAAAUACGAUCCGUCUCUAUCUUACUUCCACUCGUCAUCUUCCCCUUCUUCUUCAUCAUCGGAAGAUGGUGGUUUAGUGCAUAAGGAAAUGCCUAGGAUACCAGAACGAUGCUUUUCGUUCUGCACGCAGACCGAUGGGGAUAGACCAUUAUGUAGGAUGUUCUGCAUAAGGAAGAGACCACCUGUUUUAUCGCAGAAAGAACAAUUACAAAGACUUAGACCGCCGUCUGUCCAUCGUCCGACUGCGACUAUACCAGUUAAGAUCGAUCUCGAUCAGGAUGAUGGGAUACCGUGGUAUAAGAGGCCAUUCGAGUCACUCCGAAGAACUGUCACUCCCUAUUCAUUCAUCUACAUCAAAGGUACACCAGAUGGAGUGAUAGGUAGGUAUAUGGAAGAGCUGGAGUGGGAUGACGGAGAAUACGAUUUUGGUCAUUUGUCGAGAUCCGUCGUCAGUGGUUCGGCUAGUAUGAAGGGGAAGAAAAAAGAGGGUGAAGAAGGGAAAUAUGGUUGGACAUGGUUAGAUUGGGGUGAACAUGGAUCCCUACUCCAUCUCCCACUGACAACCAUCUUCUACCCCAUCCUAUCCAUCCCUAACACUCUCUCCAACCUUCUCACACCAUCUUACAACCUAUUGAAACUGUACGAAAAAUCAUUCGUCGAUGGUGGACAGGCGAGAUCAUUGGAAAAAUUCACGGCGGAGAUACAGAGGGGAGGAGCGAUUGAGAUGUUAAAUAAGUUGAGUGAUUAUUGGGAGAAAAAAGUGAUUGAGACGAAAGAGAGGAGAGAGGAGAUGAUGAAACAGUUGAAAGAGGAGAGAAGUAGGAGUGGGGAUGUUGAAAGUGGGAAAAAUGAGUAG